CGGCCCAAGAAAUAGCAACAACAACAACAACAAAAGACCAAAGACAAAAGUCACCCCGACUGGUUCUGGUACGGAAAGUAUGUAAAACAUGUCCCAUAAUCCUGGACAAAAACCACCCCUCGCUUUGCAGUACUGAUCCAGCUGAAGCCACGUGUGAGGCUAUAAAGGUGUAAAUCAUGGACAGUUUCCUCGUCAGUAGAUGGGUGUCCUUCCUGCAGUCCCCGCAUGUCCACAGGGCGCUCAGCGGUGGUCGAAUGAAGGUCCCCAGCGCCAUCCCCGCUGUAGAAAUUCCCGAGGAUGGCGGAGAAAGCCCGUGGGUUAGGCCAGCCUUCCCGGCAAGUUCCGGCCCCCUCCUGGGACCAUCUGGAGAGGAGAUUCGGAGGAACUACACCCCACAGGCAGCCACUUCCGGUCCCCGCAGAGAGCAGGGCAGCGCUCUGGACGUUGCCUUGGAAGCAGCUGGAGGCCGGCCGCGGUGCUCCAGGGGUUACCUAGGUGACGGCCGGGCGACUGGAAAGAAGCCUCAAGAAGGACGCUUGGGGAGGAGCCUGGGGCGAGCGCCAGCUCUGAUUGGCUGACGGGUCAACGCUACUUCCCCACCCAUCGCCUCGCUUGCCAAUAGGCGCCGGGCCUGUAGUGCACAUGCGCGGGAUCAGACGGUACCAUCCCUCUCGGCCGUCGCAUCAUCUCCCAGCAGUUCCCUGCAGUUUUCUGGAAGCUCUAUCAACAACUUGCCUCCAAGCCUUGGUUCACAAGGCUUCCUUCCGCUCUGUGACUCCUUCCUCCUUGAAGCUUUCCCCAACUCAGCCUCAAGCAUCCCCACACCAGGGUCCUCUUUGUCGCAGCCUCAGUCCCUGGGCUGGGCCUGUGUGCAUACAGGUGACUUACCCUGCCUGUGGGCUUGAGGCUGUCACCCUGACCCCUCCUAUCCUGCAAGUCCCUCUUGGUGGCUCCAGGAAGACUCGCAGCACAAUGCCAUCCACACUGGGUCCCCCGAGCCUCCCCUCUCUGGACUCCGAGGCCACCCUGGAGGAGCCCGAGGCAGCACGCCAGCGCUUCCGGGGCUUCUGCUACCAGGAGGCAGCCGGUCCCCACGAGGCCCUGGCCCAGCUGCGGGAGCUGUGCCACCAGUGGCUGCAGCCAGAGGCUCACUCCAAGGAGCAGAUGCUGGAGCUGCUGGUGCUGGAGCAGUUCCUGGGCGCUCUGCCCCCUGAGAUCCAGGCCUGGGUGCGGGGCCAGAGGCCAGGCAGCCCAGAGGAGGCUGCUGUUCUGGUCGAGGGUCUGCAGCAUGACCCUGGGCAGCUGCUUAGCUGGAUUACAGCGCACGUCCUGAAGCGGGCAGUGCUUCCAGCAGCACAGAAGACAGAGGAGUCUGUGAGGAGCUCCCACCCUUCAGAGCCAGUGGAGCCCCUCAGGGCAGCCUCUGGGGAGGGGUCCAAGGAUGGGCAGAUGGAGGGGGGUGCCCAUCUCAGCUGCAGUGUGAAGGAGGAGCCUGCUGGCUAUGGGCAGGAGACCGCACCCUCCAGCCCCCUAAACCCAGCCACGUCCCAUGAGGGGUGCCUCGAACGACAGGAACCGACCUCUGCGUCUUUCCACCCAUCCAGGAUUCAGACACGACGGCUGGGAGCGCACCUCCUGGAAGAGUGGGGCCUUCUGGACCCGUCACAGAAGGAGCUGUACUGGGACGCGAUGCUGGAGAAGUACGGCACGGUGGUCUCCCUGGCAGGGUUGCCGCGCACGCUUCCGGAGGCACUCGGGGAGUCGGAGCCCGAGGGGCUGAGCCCCGGACCGGAGGGACAGAGGAGCCUCCGCCCGGGUAAGGGACCGCCGGCCCCCGGCGGCUGGGGCCGGGAGAGGGGGUCUGGCGUCGCCGGCGACCUGGCUCUGCCACGUCUGCCCCCAGCAGGUGAAAGCGCGAGCUCAGGAGCGGAGGGGCCGUCCGGCCGCCCCGGGGCCCCGCCGCCCGCCGCCUGGGAGGGCCCGUCCGCCGCCGCGCCGCCGCCGCCGCCGCGGAGCAAGCCCUACACGUGCGCGCAGUGCGGCCGCGCCUUCGACUGGAAGUCGGUGUUCGUCAUCCACCGGCGCGCGCACGCCGACGCGCCCGGCGCCGAGACGCCGCCGCAGGCCCCGCCCCGGCGCGCGCCCCCGGGCCCGCGCAGCUACGCGUGCGAGGAGUGCGGCCGCAGCUUCAGCUGGAAGUCGCAGCUGGUCAUCCACCGCAAGAGCCACGCCGGCCAGCGGCGCCACCUCUGCGGCGACUGCGGCCACAGCUUCGACUGGAAGUCGCAGCUGGUCAUCCACCUCAAGAGCCACCGGCCCGAGGCCCCGUGAGCGCUGGAGCGGGCAGCCUCGCCCGGCCGUUCCGGCCCGCCCGGCUCCUCCACCUCGGCCCGGGGUUUCGGGGGCCACAGAGGGCGCCGGAGCAGGUCCGAGUCUGCGUCCGAGGACGGCCCCCUGCCCGGACACCCCGUGUCCCUUCAGAAGCCGCCGCUCCCUCGCCGCCGGCCUGCUUUACUGCUGAGCCCCGGCCCGCCACUCGGCCCAGGGGCGGCCCGGUGACCUCCACGCUCCUAGCUGAGCGCGACGCAGGCCGGCUGCGCUCCCUGUCUCUGCGAGCGCUCGACCUGAUGACCAGGCCCCUUCCCACCAGCGGCCUGGGCUGAGGUCUUUGUGGGGCCCGUGCAGAAAGGCCAGGAGAUCACAGCCUGCUUCUGUUUGCCGCCGGGUGGAAGGCUAAGAUUGUGCACUGUGCGUUUUUAACACAUCCCAGUUUAAGACUGAAAAGGUUCUGCGCAAGAAUCCUGACCUCUGGUCUCCGCUGGUCAGAGGAGCAGCACCUGCCCCGUCUGCCUGCCAGCAGGGGCUUCUGGGCCCGCGAGCAGCGUCAGGGUCUGGGCAGCUCUUCCGUGGCCCACACAUCCCUCCCUGGCUUUGUUGUCCAGGCUCUCGAGUCCCAGCCUGAAUGAACAUGAGAACAUGAAGGGGCCGUCUUUCCAGUAGGGAUGGACAAGCACGGCCUCCGGGAGCAGAUGCCACUUGGGCCACGCACGCCAGCAAGUCAGGGCUGCGUCCCCAAAGCCCAUGGAGCAGGAGGUGAGGAAGCCGCCUGCUGCCCGGGUGGCCCGUCUGGGUUCCUGGGCAGUCAUUCAGGACUUUGGCCAGUGGACUGUUAGACUUUGCAGGGUUGCAGACUUGUUGAAAAAAAAAACCCAAGUGUGUUCUCUGAGGGCUCUGAACUGGGUCUCACUAGGCUCAAAUCAAGGUGUGGGCAGGGCUGGUGCCUUCUGAAGGCCCUAAGCAGGGACCCACUUUAUGGCCUGUCUUCGCUCACAGACGCUGCCCCUCGGCUUGGUUUAUGGCCCCUUCCUCCGUCUUCAGAGCCAGCAGUGCAGGGUGGUCUCACGUUGCAUCCUCUUUGUGAGGAUCCCCGGGAUUGGGUCCGGGUUCACUGAGUGACCCGGGCUGAGCUCGCCCCAGAAUCACCUGUCGGCCACACCUGCACUCAUCUCGUGUCUGUGUCUCACGGUCGCCUUUGCGUGUGAGAUGACACGUUCACAGGCUCUGCGGGUAGGAUGUGGGUGUCUGGGAUGUUAUCCAGCCUUUCUCUGUCUCCUGGCAUUUUUUGGGGGGGGGGGUUUCAGGGAAACAGAUGCAUCCAAGGAAGGAACCUCUGCAGCCUCAGGCACAUGCAGGGGUGGCUGGGACUGCGGCUACUGGGCAGAGGUGGGGGACAGCUGGGCUGGGGACCUUGCUGCAGCCUGAGACGGGAGGCAGAAGCCUCCAUCCCCCAGUCUUCUGAGGACCUUUGACCUGCUGCACACACGCAGGCCCGGGAAGCACAGCAGCCAGGCUGGAGACGGAACGGGGCGCAGGUGAUCUGGUUUCAGAGUCCAAGCUCGUACCCCUCACUGCACCGUUGUUGGAGGAGGAGAGACCAGUUGUUGGAGGGAGCAGUGGCAGCUUCGUUCACAAAGCAGCCGACCAAGGAGAUGGUGGGCUUGGGUCCCAGACAACCCCCUGCUUUUGUACUGGAAGGGGAGGGAGCAACGGCAGACAUUUCCCAGCUCCCUCCUGCCUGGGAGCCGCUGUGUUGCCGUCUUCCUGUCUUCCUGCACGGCUCCCCGGGUGGGCCUGGUCAGGCUGCUUCCUGGGAGCUUAAACAGGGUACUUUAGCUAAUUGCUGGUUGCCUGGAGGCAGAGUUCCCAGAGAUGGGCCCUUAGGUGUGGUUUAAGCUGUGGUGAUGAAGCCUGUAGUAGCACAAAGAGGUCUCCCCUCUUACAAUAGGGUUGGCAAGCAGGAGGCCAGAUCCAUGUUGGGGCCCUGGAGGUAGAGGGCAGAGCGGGGCUGGGUGCCCCGGAAAGGAGAGCCGGGUGUGAAGGUGCCGAGGGAGAGCAGGCUGCGGUUUCCUAAUAAAGUUUUUCGUAUUUAAAAGCA